AUGAGUCAGGAAUCGUUCAUAUACAGCUUCGUGGCGCGAGGCACAAUGAUUUUAGCAGAGUACACUGAGUUCACUGGCAACUUUCCAGCGAUCGCAACUCAGUGCCUUCAGAAACUCCCUUCUUCCAAUGACAAGUUCACUUACAAUUGUGACCACCAUACCUUUAAUUUUCUUGUUGAAGAUGGCUACGCAUAUUGUGUUGUUGCCAAAGAAACUGUCAGCAAGCAGAUCUCCAUUGCAUUUUUGGAACGCAUGAAAGCAGACUUCAAGAAACGAUAUGGGGGUGGUAAAGCAGAUACUGCUGUUGCCAAAAGUCUCAAUAAGGAGUUCGGACCAGUCAUGAAAGAGCACAUGAAGUAUAUUAUUGACCAUGCUGAAGAGAUUGAAAAGCUAAUAAAAGUGAAGGCUCAAGUUUCAGAAGUUAAAAGCAUAAUGUUAGGAAAUAUUGACAAGGCUAUUGAUAGAGGUGAGGCCAUAACGACUCUUGCCGACAAGACUGAGACUCUGCGCGAUCAGGCCCAAGCGUACAAGAAACAUGGAACACAAAUUCGACGGAAAAUGUGGUAUCAAAACAUGAAGAUUAAGCUGGUUGUUCUUGGAAUCUUAUUGAUUCUGGUACUAAUAAUCUGGCUUUCUAUUUGCCAUGGAUUUGAUUGUUCCAACUAG